CGUUAUUUAAGUGACGGCUGCUUCACCACCAUCAAUCAUCCACUUCGUCACUCCAGAGCCUCGUACGCAGUUAUGCCACAAGAGCUAGAUCCUCGAAUUGACGCUUUGCCAUGGCCGCCGUCAGCCUCCCAUCAAAGACCCAUCGGGACCUCCUCGACAUCAUCGACCGGCUCCGUCUCGAGGGCAUAAGCCGCUAUGUCGACCUCCCCGAGAUCAUCGUCACCGGAGAUCAAUCCGCGGGCAAGAGCUCCGUCCUCGAGGCCAUCUCCGGCAUGACGUUCCCCACAAAGGACAACCUGUGCACGCGCUUCGCCACGGAGCUGAUCCUGAGGCGGGCGCCCCAUGCCGACGUCAAGGUGUCCAUCACGCCCGACUCGGACCGCCCCAGCCACGAGAAGGAAGACCUCAAAAAGUUCCGCCCGCUGCUCGCCAUCUCGGAGGCGGGGCUCGGCCCGGUGAUUGAGCAGGCCAAAGAGGCCAUGGGCCUCGGCAGGCCGAAAAAGGUCUUUAGCAACGACAUCCUGCGAGUCGAGCUGAGCGGGCCGCAGCAGCCGCAUCUCACCAUGGUCGACCUGCCGGGCCUCUUCCAGGCCGGCAACAGCACGCAGUCGGACGAGGACGCGGAGCUCGUGACCCGGAUGGUCCUCGGGUACAUGAAGCGGCCCAGGAGCAUCAUCCUCGCGGUCGUGUCGGCCAAGAGCGACUUCGCGCUCCAGGCCAUCACCAGGCACGCCCGAGAGCUGGACCCCACGGGCUCCCGCACGCUGGGCCUCAUCACCAAGCCAGACACCCUGGACCGCGGCUCCGACAGCGAGGCCGCCUACGUGAACCUCGCGCAGAACGAAGACGUCAAGUUCCGCCUGGGGUGGCACCUGCUCAAGAACCGCGACUUCAGCAUGCGCGAUGCGACGACGGCAGAGAGGGAUGCCGCCGAGAAGGACUUCUUCUCCCAAAGCCCCUGGACAGCCAUCGACUCGUCACAAUGGGGGAUUGAAAUGCUGAGGCCGCGGCUCAGCAACGUCCUCAAGGACCAGAUCCUCGCGCAGCUACCCAGUCUGAUCGCGGAUGUGUCCGAAGGCAUCAAAGAAUGUAGGGCGAAGCUGGAGAGGCUGGGCCCUUCGCGGGAAACGGUCCACGAACAGCGUCGAUAUCUGUUCCAGGCGAGCCAGGCCUAUUCGCGACUCAUGCAGGCAGCCGUCGAUGGCAUCUACAGCGAUCCCUUCUUUGGGAGCGCAAAGACCGAGGAGGGGUAUCAGCGCCGUCUCCGCGCCGUCGUGCAGAACACUCUGAUUGCGUUUAGGGAUCGCAUGAGCAAAGAAGGGCACAGUCGUCACAUCGUGGACUACGUCAGCGAAGUCUCUGAUCCCAGCGGACGCCCAGAGGUAUUGCGCUCCGACUACGUGAAGGAGGUGCGGGACCUCAUCAGGCGCAGCCGAGGGCGUGAACUCCCGGGGACGUUUGACCCCAUGGUCAUCGCGGAUUUGUUCGCGGAGCAGUCACAGCCGUGGCGCGGAAUCCUGCUCGAGCUGAAGGACCAAGUCCUCAACGCCGUCUACCAGACGAGCAUGGAGAUUCUCCAGCACGUGGCCGUGGCAGAGACGGCGGAGAACAUCAUGCGCGUUGUAAACUCGGGCAUUGACGAACUGGAGCAGGAUCUCGAUGCAGCCGUCGAGCAGGUCCUCCACCCGUACCUGGCCAUCCACCCCAUCACGUACAACCACUACCUCACGGACACCGUCCAGAAGAUCCAGCGCGAGCGACGCCAGAAGCGGCUUAGGUCGCAUAUCAAGGCCGUCUACGAUAGUGCGGAUGGAUGGAAGGGGCAAUUGACACGCGACAGAGUGCUCGAGUUGCUGGCAUUGGAGGAUGAACGCGAUGAGCUGAACUCGGAACUCGUGGGUAGCACCACUGCCAUGGACUACAUGGAGGCGUAUUAUAAGGUUGCUCUCAAGACCGUGGUAGACAACGUCAGCACACACGCCAUCGAGUGCAGUCUCAUCCAGAAGCUGCCGUCCGUCCUAGACACAGAAAAGAUACACGAGAUGAGCGACGCAGAGGUGGCGCAGCUGGCGGCGGACAGCGAGGCCAGCGUGCACGAGCGCAGCCGCGCCAACGAGAAGCUCGACGUGUUAGAGAAGGCACUGCAUGAGCUGAGGCAGCUGGACGGCUUCCGCUCCGCGGCGGCCCCAGAGGCGAAGGCCCCGAGCGAAGGGGGCCACGAGACGGCCCCCAGCCCGGCGGUGUCGGAAGAAAGCGAGAGUGUCGGAAGAGAAGAGGCGGAGAGCGUUGUCUCGUCGUCGCGAUCGGCCGCUCGCGUGGUGGAGUGGAGGGGACAACACGAAAGCGUGUCCGAGGUCGACUUUAAAUCUGAAGCUGCGGAUGGGCCCGAACUCGAGGUUCCGGCGCCAGUCGAAUGCCAGGCGAUUGAUCCAGACAACUUUUGGUCUUUCUCCACGACGAACAAAAAGAAGGAAGGGAGAAAAGCUCGGGAGCUAUGAGGUCUUCCAGUUAGCUUGUAACGUACGAAGUAGUAGGUCUCGGCAUUCUGGGCCGAGCGUCGGAUGUCUUUGCCCCAUCAUUCUUUCUCUCUUG